UUAAAAUAUAUAGAAGAAGAUUGGAAAAACAAGGGAAGAGAUUAGAAAAAAGGGGUUGAAGUCUCUUCUCUUUUCUUGUAGCAUCUGCUAAGCAUCUUUUCUCACCCACUUUAGCUGCUUUUUUUUCCCUCAGUCCCACACUCAUAUUCUUGACCUUCCAAUGUUUGUGCCUUUGUGGUAUAUUUUAGUUGCCAUAUUUUCUUUCCUUCUUUUCUUUCUUUUUCUCCAAUUUUAUUUUGACUGUAAAAAUUUUAUCUUUUAUUUGUCUUGGGUGAUUUCAAAGUUGCUAUUUCUACCAAUUUCCCAGCUGAUCUCAGUUUUGUGCCCCAUUCAUCUGAUUCUUUUUUCCUUCCAAACUUUUUCUAUUGUUGUGCCAUUGCUCACUUACAAAAGAACCCUUUUCCUUUAUUUUUAUUCCUUUUCCCACCUGACAAGAUUUUUGGAUUUGUUUUCUUGGGAUUGGCAAUUAAUUCAUUUGUAUUACUUCCUGAUUUCUUCUCAUCAAGCUCAAAAAUUCUAUCUUUCUCGUGUUAUUGUGCUAAAGAUCGAAUUUUUAACUAUUUCUGUAUGAAUUGAUUUCUAGCUUCACUGGAGUUCCAAUUUCCCCUACAACGGUAUGAAUUUCCUCUAAUUUCUUGAUUUGAAACUAUUUCACCUUCAAUUCACUCAUUUUUUUCUUGAAAAAUUUCCCUUGAUGCCAUGGGGCUUUGUUAUGGUAAACCCAUCGAGCCCCCCAAAAACCUAGCCGACUGCCCUAUAGUCCUCGACGAAAAAGAUGAACAAACCCACAGACCCUCAAUCGGCAAAACCCCGAAAUUCCCAUUUUACAGCCCGAGCCCAUUACCAAGUCUGUUCAAGACUUCACCUGCAAAUUCCAGCAGUGUCCCUUCAACCCCUCUUCGUUUUCUCAAACGUCCUUUUCCACCGCCAUCGCCAGCUAAGCACAUUAAGGCCUUUCUCUUGAGGCGGCACGGGUCGAUCAAGCCGAACGAGGCCACCAUACCGGAGGGGAGUGAGUGUGAUGAGAUUGCAAUUGGGCUGGAUAAAAAUUUUGGGUUUUUAAGGAAUUUUAGCACCUGUUAUGAGAUUGGGGAGGAAGUUGGGAGAGGGCAUUUUGGGUACACUUGUUCUGCUAAGGGGAGGAAGGGGAGCUUGAAAGGGCAGGAUGUGGCCGUUAAAGUUAUACCGAAAUCGCAGAUGACUACAGCAAUCGCCAUAGAGGAUGUGAGAAGAGAAGUAAAGAUGUUGCGUGCACUAACAGGACAUAAGAACUUGGUGCAAUUUUACGAUGCCUAUGAAGAUGAAGACAAUGUCUAUGUAGUGAUGGAGUUAUGCAAAGGAGGAGAACUACUGGACCGUAUUCUAUCUAGGGGUGGGAAAUAUUCAGAGGAAGAUGCAAAAAUCGUUAUCGUUCAGAUUUUAAGUGUGGUUGCAUAUUGUCAUCUCCAAGGUGUCGUUCACCGUGACCUAAAACCUGAGAAUUUUCUCUUCACAACAAAAGACAAGCAUUCCCCUCUGAAAGCCAUCGACUUUGGACUUUCCGAUUAUGUAAAGCCAGACGAAAGGCUUAAUGAUAUUGUUGGAAGUGCUUAUUACGUAGCUCCCGAGGUUUUGCAUCGAUCGUAUGGUACAGAGGCCGAUAUGUGGAGUAUUGGUGUUAUUUCGUAUAUUCUUUUAUGUGGGAGCCGGCCUUUUUGGUCAAGGACAGAAUCUGGAAUCUUCCGGGCCGUUCUAAAGGCCGACCCCAGUUUUGAAGAAGCUCCUUGGCCCGAUUUGUCUCGUGAUGCCGUAGAUUUUGUGAAACGAUUAUUGAAUAAGGACUAUCGCAAGAGACUAACAGCUGCACAAGCUCUGAGUCAUCCAUGGCUGGUUGGAUUUCAUGAUAUGAAAAUUCCUCUGGAUAUGAUAGUAUAUAGGCUCGUAAAGGCUUAUAUUUGUUCUUCUUCUUUGAGAAAGACUGCUUUAGGGGCUCUGGCUAAAACAUUGACAAUACCUCAACUAGCCUAUCUUCGGGAACAGUUCACACUGUUGGGGCCGAGUAAAAGUGGAUUUAUAUCACUCAACAACUUCAAAUUGGCUAUGACAAAGAAUUCGACUGAUGCAAUGAAGGAUUCACGAGUUCUUGAUUAUGUCAACGUGGUGAGUUCUCUUCAGUACAAAAAAUUCGAUUUCGAGGAAUUUUGUGCUGCUGCAAUAAGCGUGCAUCAGCUGGAAGGACUUGGCAGCUGGGAACAACACGCACGCACUGCAUAUGAAUUUUUCGAGAAAGAUGGAAACCGACCAAUCAUGAUAGAGGAACUUGCCUCUGAACUCGGGCUUAGUCCAUCUGUUCCUGUACACGUGGUACUGCAAGAUUGGAUAAGACACUCGGACGGGAAGCUCAGCUUCUUGGGUUUCGUGAGACUCGUGCAUGGAGUCUCCUCACGACAAGUUGGCUUGGACCGUCAUCUUAAAGCCAUGUCAAAUGGGUUCAACUCGGUCAGACUCGGUUCUGGAGGCCAAGUUAACUUGGUUGUCAUCUUAAAGUCACGACAAAUUGGUUUGGCCCAAUUUGACUCGGUUCUGAAGACCAGCGUUAAUUUUGAAAAUGGUGAUAUGCUGGCGAUGGCGGAUCACGGCAAGCCCAAAUCGGACAUUUCGUUCGCCGGAACAUUUGCCAGUAGUGCUUUUGCAGCUUGCUUCGCCGAGAUCUGUACUAUUCCAUUGGAUACCGCCAAAGUUCGUCUGCAAUUGCAGAAGAAAGCAGUUGCUGGAGAUGGCUUGGGUUUGCCCAAAUAUCGAGGAUUGUUAGGAACAGUUGGUACUAUAGCUAGGGAAGAAGGGCUGUCUGCACUGUGGAAGGGUAUUGUGCCAGGAUUACACCGUCAAUGUUUGUUCGGAGGUUUAAGGAUUGGAUUAUAUGAACCCGUUAAAACCUUCUAUGUGAGAAAAGAUCACGUUGGAGAUGUUCCACUGUCAAAGAAAAUCCUCGCUGCCCUCACGACUGGUGGUCUGGCAAUUGCCAUUGCCAAUCCAACUGAUCUAGUUAAAGUAAGACUUCAAGCUGAGGGGAAACUUCCACCUGGCGUGCCCAGGCGUUAUUCGGGGGCACUGAAUGCUUAUUCUACUAUUGUGAGACAGGAAGGUGUUACAGCUUUGUGGACUGGACUAGGACCUAAUAUUAUGCGAAAUGCAAUUAUAAAUGCUGCUGAGCUAGCCAGUUAUGAUCAAGUGAAGCAGACGAUCCUGAAAAUCCCUGGAUUCUCGGAUAACGUUUUCACCCAUCUCUUAGCUGGGUUAGGAGCAGGUUUCUUUGCAGUCUGCAUAGGCUCACCGGUUGAUGUGGUCAAAUCGAGGAUGAUGGGUGAUUCGGCUUACAAAAGCACACUUGAUUGUUUUGUCAAGACUUUGAAAAAUGAUGGACCUUUAGCAUUCUACAAAGGAUUUAUCCCCAACUUUGGAAGGCUUGGUUCUUGGAACGUGAUCAUGUUUUUGACGUUAGAGCAGGCUAAAAAAUUUGUCAGAAAUUUAGAGUCCUCUCAAAGCUAAAGAAGAGUUUUGCAGGCUAUACAUUAAGAGGAAGCAAUUCAUGUCCUCUUCCAUAUUUUUUUCCCAAAUUGUUGACGAUGAAUAAGGUAUACCGUGCCAUGGGGUAACGGUUAUCAUUUCUUGUACUUUCGGAAUUCCUUCGAAAUUCCUGCUCUUUAAGUGUAUGAAUAUGAUUAAUCUUUCUUUGUGAUUGCUGCUGUCAUCAGAUCCAAAUUGGCAA